GAUGACUUCAAAGAGAUGGAGAGGAAAGUGGAUGUCACCAGUAGGGCUGUGAUGGAAAUAAUGACUAAAACAAUUGAAUACCUUCAACCCAAUCCAGCUUCCAGAGCUAAGCUCAGCAUGAUCAACACCAUGUCAAAAAUCCGUGGCCAGGAGAAGGGGCCAGGCUAUCCCCAGGCGGAGGCGCUGCUGGCAGAGGCCAUGCUCAAAUUUGGAAGAGAGCUUGGAGAUGAUUGCAACUUUGGCCCAGCGCUUGGUGAGGUGGGGGAGGCCAUGCGGGAGCUGUCAGAGGUAAAAGACUCUUUGGACAUGGAAGUGAAGCAGAACUUCAUUGACCCCCUUCAAAAUCUUCAUGACAAAGAUCUGAGGGAGAUUCAACAUCAUCUAAAGAAGUUGGAGGGUCGACGCCUGGACUUCGAUUAUAAGAAGAAACGGCAAGGCAAGAUUCCAGAUGAGGAACUCCGUCAAGCUCUGGAGAAGUUUGAUGAGUCUAAAGAAAUUGCAGAGUCAAGUAUGUUCAAUCUCUUGGAGAUGGAUAUUGAACAGGUGAGCCAGCUCUCUGCGCUCGUGCAAGCCCAGCUGGAGUACCACAAACAGGCAGUCCAGAUCCUGCAACAAGUCACCGUCAGACUGGAGGAAAGAAUUAGACAAGCUUCAUCUCAGCCUAAAAGGGAAUAUCAGCCUAAACCACGAAUGAGCCUGGAAUUUCCAACUGGAGACAGUACUCAGCCCAACGGGGGUCUCUCCCACAUGGGCACUCCCAAACCUGCAGGUGUUGCAAUGGACCAGCCCUGCUGCCGAGCUCUGUAUGACUUUGAACCUGAAAAUGAAGGGGAGUUGGGUUUUAAAGAGGGCGAUAUCAUCACACUCACUAACCAGAUUGAUGAGAACUGGUAUGAGGGGAUGCUUCACGGCCAGUCAGGCUUCUUCCCCAUCAAUUAUGUGGAAAUUCUGGUUGCCCUGCCCCAUUAG